GAACGAAAGAUUGGCUACUAUUUAGAAGUGAAAGAAUGGCCGAUACUUAUGCAGAUAAACAAUUCGCCUAAUAAUGCUGUAAUCAGUAAAGGUCUUUUCGGGGAAUUUUCUGUGGCUGACAAUAAUCCCGUCAACGUUUAUUGGCUUUUAAAUUUAUUGCAACAACAAAUUUGUUAA